AUGGCCACUCAUGCUUCUUACAAUGGCGUCAACUCCGGAAUCCAAGUCGCAAAAAACUAUGGACCCAUCACGGCGAAUCUGAGUCAACCGGAAAGGUUGUUAGACCAAGCAUGUCUGCGCGACCUACGAACGACCAACCCCUGCGAUGAUAAAGAGCGUAUCAAGAAAACUAACGGUGGGCUACUCAAAGACUCCUACCGCUGGAUUCUUGAAAACGCAGCUUUCAGAAAAUGGCAAAAUAACCAGAGCAAUCGUCUUCUCUGGAUCAGGGGUGAUCCCGGCAAAGGCAAGACGAUGCUUCUGUGUGGCAUCAUCGAGGAGUUGACACAAUCACAUAAUGAGAGUGCAACUCUCUCGUUCUUCUUCUGCCAAGCCACCGAUAUGCGUAUCAAUAGUGCGACGUCCGUCUUACGUGGCUUGAUAUGUUCACUUAUCGAGAAGCAUCCAUCACUUCUCCGCCACGUGCGAGCUCGAUACGAUUCUGCAGGGAAAGACCUGUUCGAAGACAUCAAUGCAUGGAGUGCCCUCGUAUCCAUUUUCACACAAAUCCUCGAAGACUCGUCUUUGAAGAGUACCUACUUCGUGAUUGAUGCUUUGGACGAAUGUCGAGAUGGUCUUCAAGACCUUCUGGAUCUAAUCGUUGAACACUCAACAGCCCAUCAAGAAAUAAAAUGGGUUGUCUCCAGUCGUAACGAAUAUCAGAUUACUGAGUGUCUCGACUCUGCUACACAUGUAGCUCCGAUCUCGUUGGAGCUGAAUGAGACAUCCGUGUCUGGAGCUGUAGAUGCAUUCAUCCAACAUAAAGUGGACUCUUUGGCCAAGCAAAAAAGAUACGAUGAGAAAAUAACUGCAACUGUCAAACGCCACUUAUUACGCAACUCACAAGGCACUUUCCUAUGGGUUGCCUUGGUCUGGAAGAAUCUUGACCAAACGCCAAGAAGGCAUGUAAUGAAGAAGCUUGAAAUGUUCCCGCCUGGACUCGAUAAUCUUUACCGCCGAAUGAUGGGUCAGGUUCGUGACUCAGAAGACGCAGAGCUCUGCAAACAGAUACUGGGCACUGUAAUGGCAGUUUAUCGCCCAGUCACGCUUAGCGAGCUAAGCUCCCUCCUUGCGGGGCGGAAUGAUGGCUUCGAUGAUCUUGACACACUCCUUGAGGUUAUCGGGAUAUGUGGGUCGUUCCUGACAUUACGAGAAAGCACCAUCACGUUUGUUCAUCAAUCUGCGAAAGAAUUCCUGACUAGAGAGGCAUUCGCGGAGAUGUUUCCCAAGGGCCUAGACAGUGAACACUACACUAUCUUCUCCCAAUGUCUGAAUGUUCUUUUCAAGACACUUCGACGUGACAUCUUUGACCUCAAAUUGCCAGGCAUAUCCUCUAAGGAUAUUAGUGUGCCAAACCCAAAUCCACUAGCACCCGCUGAGUACGCUUGUGUCUAUUGGGUAGGCCAUCUUGAUGCUUGGAAGUAUAACGCAACCUAUAGACAGAGUUUGAAGGAUAGGCAGAUACUGGAUAGGUUUCUGCAGCAGAAAUACCUCCACUGGCUCGAGGCUCUGAGCAUAUUGGGAAGCCUUUCAGAUGGCAUACGCGCUAUGAAAAGGCUAGAAAGUUUGAUUGUCGUGUAUUGCUCACCUCUCGUCUUUAGCCCGUCAAAGAGCCUGACUGGAAUAGCUUUCCGGGAAGAUAGACCUGAUUGGGUUUCAAACUAUCCCAUAGUGGAGAAAAGCUGGAGUGCUUGCCUUCAAACUCUUGAGGGGCAUAGUGAUUCGGUCGAAUCGAUUACCUGGUCGCCAGAUGGAAGCCGACUUGCAUCAGGGUCCCGGGAUAAGACAGUCCGGAUAUGGGAUCCAGCCACCGGCCAGAGCGUGUCUACUCUCGAGGGGCAUAGUCACUGGGUCCGGUCAAUUGCCUGGUCGCCAGAUGGAAGCCGACUUGCAUCAGGGUCUGGGGAUGACACAGUGCGGAUAUGGGAUCCAGCCACCGGUCAGAGCGUGUCUACUCUCGAGGGGCAUAAUGGCUGGGUCCAGUCAAUUGCCUGGUCGCCAGAUGGAAGCCGACUUGCAUCAGGGUCUUCGGAUAAGACAGUCCGGAUAUGGGAUCCAGCCACCGGCCAGAGCGUUGGUACUCUCGAGGGGCAUAAUGGCUGGGUCCAGUCAAUUGCCUGGUCGCCAGAUGGAAGCCGACUUGCAUCAGGGUCUUGUGAUAAGACCGUCCGGAUAUGGGAUCCAGCCACCGGCCAGAGCGUGUCUACUCUGGAGGGGCAUAGUGAUUGGGUCCGGUCAAUUGCCUGGUCGCCAGAUGGAAGCCGACUUGCAUCAGGGUCAGAUGAUAACACCGUCCGAAUAUGGGAUCCAGCAACCGGCCAGAGCAUGUCUACUCUCGAGGGGCAUAGUCACUGGGUCCGGUCAAUUGCCUGGUCGCCAGAUGGAAGCCGACUUGCAUCAGGGUCAAGCGAUAACACAGUGCGGAUAUGGCAUCCAGCCACCGGCCAGAGCACGUCUACUCUAGAGGGGCAUAAUCGUUCGGUCCAGUCAAUUGCCUGGUCGCCAGAUGGAAGCCGACUUGCAUCAGGGUCUGGGGAUGACACAGUGCGGAUAUGGGAUCCAGCCACCGGUCAGAGCGUGUCUACUCUCGAGGGGCAUAGUCAUUCGGUCCAGUCAAUUGCCUGGUCGCCAGAUGGAAGCCGACUUGCAUCAGGGUCUGGGGAUGACACCGUCCGAAUAUGGGAUCCAGCCACCGGCCAGAGCGUGUCUACUCUGGAGGGGCAUAGUGAUUGGGUCCGGUCAAUUGCCUGGUCGCCAGAUGGAAGCCGACUUGCAUCAGGGUCAGAUGAUAACACCGUCCGAAUAUGGGAUCCAGCAACCGGCCAGAGCAUGUCUACUCUCGAGGGGCAUAGUCACUGGGUCCGGUCAAUUGCCUGGUCGCCAGAUGGAAGCCGACUUGCAUCAGGGUCAAGCGAUAACACAGUGCGGAUAUGGCAUCCAGCCACCGGCCAGAGCACGUCUACUCUAGAGGGGCAUAAUCGUUCGGUCCAGUCAAUUGCCUGGUCGCCAGAUGGAAGCCGACUUGCAUCAGGGUCUUUAGAUGAGACAGUCCGGAUAUGGGAUCCAGCCACCGGCCAGAGCGUGUCUACUCUGGAGGGGCAUAGUGAUUGGGUCCGGUCAAUUGCCUGGUCGCGGGAUGGAAGCCGACUUGCAUCAGCGUCAGAUGAUAAGACCGUCCGGAUAUGGGAUGAAGCCACCGGCCAGAGCAUGUCAACCCUCUCUACCGGCUUUACUAGCUUCGUCAAAUUUGACAUCGCCGAUUCAAAUUGUCUGCACACCGAUGCUCGUACAUUUUGCAUAAGCUCAGUGGAUGCUGUGACGCCUAUGCAUAACACUUUUACCCAUCCUCCAAAGCAGUAUGGAUAUGGACUUGGCGAUGACCGUUCCUGGAUAACCUAUGGUGGACUCAACCUCUUAUGGUUACCCUCAGAAUAUCGCCCCCUUAGUGUCUCUCUUUUUUCUAUACAUGAGGCCAAAAUAGCUUUUGCCUGUUCAUCAAAUCGCGUCAUUUUUCUCGCACUUUCAAAACACUGUCCUAUACCUACCCUUUGA